AUGGACGAGCACAGGAUGCAGUCCUGGGGCGACCGUGGACGCGGCAAGUCUGACGAGCAUGAUGAUACGCCCAUUAUACACAGGCUUCACAUACUAGCCACGAACCCUACUCUGGCCUCCAAGGUCCAGGUCCUCACCCACCGAUGUCAUCUCCCGACGCCCAAUAUCUUCACCGAACUCCCACUGAUGCACUUCGACGCCGACCAUCUAUCGCACGAUGGCCGCCUACACACGCUGCUGAAGUUGGCUAUCCCGAACCUGGUCAAUGUGCAUACCCUUCACAUAGUCUAUGGCCACUGGUAUCUGACCAACGCACUCGUGUCAGGCUUCUUCCAUCAUCUUCGGCCACGUCGAGUACCUUUGCGCAAAUUAUGGCUCGAAAGCUGCUGUUUGUCUGUGGACCCCGCCCAAUUUCUCGCAAACGAACAAGGGACUGCCUUGGAAUCGAUACGCAUCCGCCGCCUUUUUAGCGAAUCGCUGGAUACAGUGCGUGCACGAGGGUUGAGAUACACGGACUUCAAACUUUGUAGAGGUGGAAGACACUACCCGCUUCGCAAUGGCUCUGGAGGAUGGAUUGGAACCACGGUCCAAUUGUCAGACGAAGGCCGAUCGGGAUUUUGGUCACCCCAUGAUGCGCAAGAGGUCAAGAAUAGAAGUGAGGCAUGGGACAACGCUAUAUGGGAGGGUCUGUCCGAUGUGAUGGAUUUCAUUCACGCAAAUCGUGCUCAGAUCGAAGGGUCGGCAGUACCGCCAACAAUGCCAAGGGAGCCAGUGCAUUGGUUGAUCACUAGUUCGGCAUCCACAUUGACCAGCCUGAACCUGGACUGGAUACUCUGGCGUCGGAGAGUGGAGGAUAAUUUCGAUCACUGCAUAUGGGUGCUCGAGACCUUGAGAUCAUUAAGGUUUCCUCUGUUGCGUGCUUUUCAGCUUCGCAAUGCAACAACGCCGCAUACCGAGCUUCCAAGUCAAGUCUUCCUUCUUGAAAAUUUCAUGUUGGAGUUCUUGGAAGCUCAUCCCAAAAUACAAUGUCUUGGCUGGCCUAUGGAUCGAUUCUACAGCCAUGUAAAGCCAACAGCCAAUGUACGCAAUCGAACCCGGAAGCUAGUCGCCCAUCUCGCUAUGAUGCUCACAGACCUGCGCAUCGAUACCCAAUAUGGUGAACAAGGGGAGCCACUGACAGAUGAGAGUACAAGUACAGAGGAUGUACAGUCUCGCAUUCGAAGGAGAAGGUUCAUCGCCGAGUUUGUCCCACACUUGCGAAGAGUGGAGAAUAUCAAGAUAGAGGGUGGCAUCCCCCGGGAUGAGAAGCGAGAAAUUCUCCGAGCUUUGCACUGGUGUCCGUUGAAGAAAGUCGUCAUGAUCGGUGUAUCAUUUCCAGCAGGAAAUACGUGGGGACAUCAGGGACUCCAAUGGAAAGCGUUAGACCCGGGCCAUGGCUCUGAAAUUGACGCCCUAGAAGGGGAAGAUCUAGCAGGAAUAUUGGCAUCUUACAAACGUGGUGUAUCGCUACCACUAGACUUCAACUUUGAGCCCGUCUAUGGCUGGCCCGCUCAAGGGCCACUCAUCCAAACGAUGGCUUUACACCAUGCAAGUACAAUUGAAGAGCUUAAAAUCAGCGGCAACACUGGCUGUCCCAUUCUCUCUUUUCAGACCCCGAUCACGGGUCCUCUACUUAACGACCUUCGCCACUACGACAACCUAAAGCAGCUCAUCAUAUCCCUCUGGCUCGUGACAUGGUACGAAGACUCUCACCGCGAUGUUGAAAUCAUCCAAUCUUGGCUUGAUACCCGAUCACCUUCUUCCACUGCCCUCACUAUCGUUACUCCGCCGGCAUCGCCAUCGCGCGAUCACCCAGUCGACCCGGCCCAGUUUCCCAACUUCAAUAAUCCACACGUGGCACCCCGCACGCAAGAAUUCAAUCGCUGGGCUGUGGCGCUGAAGACGCAAUUUUCGCCUUCAGCUCUGGCAUACCGUGUUGCACGUGACAUUGGACCUUAUUUGAGUCCAGUAGCCAAGGAGAGGCCUGGUGGUGUAAAAGUUCGCGCGAGUUUCUGUCUCGGAGCAAAGUUGGAUGGGAGGAGCGCAAAAAAUAAUUUUGAUCUAGAUUUGCGGAUUGGAAGUGCGGAUCAAGUCUUGGAGUUUGUUGGGCCACGCGAAGAGGAGGAGAAGGGAAGAUGGUGGGAUAAACUUGAGGCGAGGAGAUGGUUCUAA